CAAAUAUGGCGUGGAAGAGAAAACGUGCACCAUUUCAUAACAACGUUAAAAAGAAGCGAACAGUAGACAAACUAGAGGAAAUAAACAAAUUAGCGCAAGAGAGAAUAAGUAAACAGAAACAAAAAAGGAAAGCUGAAGCAUUGCAGACUUCGAGAAAGGAGACACGGAAUAAGGUACAAGACCUAGCUGACUCUAGUUCAUCAAAUGAGGAAGAUGAUGUUGAUCCAUUACAAAGCCUGCUGUUGUUACUUCCCAAGCAAACAGAUGACAAGGAGGAAGGAGAGCUAAGUCUCCGUGGCAACAAUAAGGACGAUGAAGCCUCGGAGGCUUCCGAUCACGGUGACGAGUCUGAUGAUGGUACGGAGGCAGAGGAGCAGGAGGAAGAGGCUGAUCUCAACGAUGAUCACAGUGGUGACGAAGCAGCUAACCCACAGGGUGCCAGCGUUAGUGAUGCUUAUGCAGACAACUUCAGUCGCCACUACGAGGUAGAAAUUUCAGAAGAGCUUGCUGGGAGACUUGGUGAGAAGGAAAAUUGGAAGCAGGGUUCCCUACAGGAAUGGCCGGUUCUUGGAGGUUUGAGCUACAGAUGUGCGAGUGAAGCGAGUGAAUUGCCUUCCGUAUACACGGAGAGGGACGUGCAGAAGCUCCAUGUGAAACAAGUGAUCUCACGCAACAUGAAAGCCACACUAAAGUCCUGCUGCGGUUUACCUGACAGAGAUGAACUCACGCCUCUUCAGAAUGAAUUAUUCUCGGUGAUAAACAGGUAUCAGGAUUUGUACUUCCCAGAGAGAACUAUAGGAAAUGGAGAGCAAGUUCGCUUGAUGUACUGCAUGCAUGCACUUAACCAUGUGUUGAAGACCAGAAGCAAAGUCAUGCACCACAACGCAAAGAUAUCUAAACGAAAUGACGUCCCCGAUGAGUAUAGAGAUCAGGGCUUGACUCGUCCCAAGGUGCUGAUGCUGGUGCCGUUCCGUGAGUGUGCGUUGCGUAUCGUGAACAUGCUCAGUAAGCUACUCAUCGCCGAUGGUGACCAGGCAGUAGUCACGAACAAGAAGCGGUUUCAGUCGGAGUAUUCCUGGGAAGAGCCAGAAGGAGUUAAAAAGUCACGAAAGCCAGAAGACUAUGAGGCGACAUUCGCUGGCAACAUUGACGACUGCUUUCGAAUAGGUGUGGGUGUUGCGAAGAAAAGUCUGAAACUAUAUUGCGAUUUCUACUCGUCAGAUAUUAUUAUUGCGUCGCCGCUGGGCUUACGAUCUCUUAUUGGAUCAGAAGGGGAUGAAAAUCAAGACACCGAUUUCCUGUCAUCCCUUGAAGUGUUGGUGGUAGACCAGGCAGAUGUACUGCUUAUGCAAAACUGGGAACAUUUGUUGCACGCCAUGAGACAUCUUCACCUGCAACCGAAGGAGGGCCACGGUGUGGACUUCUCACGCGUGCGUCUGUGGUCGCUCAACGGCUGGGCGCGGCUCUACCGACAGACUCUCAUCUUCAGCGGCAUCGUCGCACCGGAGAUCAGCGCCCUCUACACGAAGCACUGCAGCAAUUACGCAGGUAAGGUACAGGUGGGAAACCCGGUAAAACUCGGCACGAUCUGCCAGGUGACGACUCAGAUUCCUCAGAUGUUCCACCGGAUAGACGCUCACAGCUUCUCUGAGCUGGCUGACGUCCGCUUUCAAUUCUUCACACAGAAGAUAUUGCCGCAGUACAAGGAUCCGGUGAUGAGGCAGACUUUGGUGUUUGUCCCGUCCUACUUUGACUUUGUCCGGCUGAAGAACUACGUGCGGGCCGAGUCACUGAACUUCUGCAUAGUGUCCGAGUACACGCCGGAUAAAGAUGCGUGGAAGGCGAAGAAACUUUUUGCGAAGGGAAGGGAUUCACAUCAACUGAUGUUGUUCAGUGAGAGAUACCAUUUCUUCAACAGGUAUCGGACGCACGGCAUCAAGCACAUUGUCUUCUACGAGCUUCCGCGAUUCCCGCACUUCUACAGCGAGAUGUGCAACAUGAUCCGCCGCGUGACGCAGGCCGACAACAUCUCCUGCAGCGCCAUCUAUUCACGAUACGACGCUCAGCGGCUCGCCGGCAUCGUCGGCUCCGGCCGCGCCGGUCACAUGAUCAACGCCACGAAGAGCGUUCACAUGUUUGUCACGGGCACCGACGGCAUCUUGUGAACGGAAUCGUACGCUGUUUGGUGCGGUUCCAUGCAGCUGGCUCCAUCUGUGGGCUGGUUUUGAAAGCUUUUAAAUUGUAAUUCGUGGUAGGGGUUUGUCGAUUGUGUUGUAAGUGCAAAGUGCCAGGUGGAUGUCUACCAGCGCUGAGUGUACUAUUUUUUAAUUAUAAAUUAUUUUUAUUUUAUGAACGUUUUUUCUAAUUUAGCGUCUAAACUACGGCAAUGCAGUCAUCCCUUGCCAACGUUUCUAACAAUAACUUGUUCUUGGUCUUACUUCAGUUAUAGAGAGAACUAUAUAGUUAUUCUAUGGUGUGACAUCAGGGUUCAUAGGUUUAUAGGUUCUAUGGUUGAUCAGGAUACAUCUGGUCAACCACCAACUGUGUCACGCGUUGAUUGACAGGACCUGCUUAUGACGUUUCAAUUGUCAGACAUAUAGCAUCUAUUAAUCGACCGUUCGAUAUUCAGCCGUCAUCAUACGGUUGAAAAAACACCUGCUGCCGUAUUGCGAGCGACUGCCACCCUCGCGAUAUGCACGUAUUAUCCAUGCGCGUAUCCAUGCACGUAUUAUGCAUGCGCGAUAUGCACGUAUGCGUGGAAUGCACGUAUUAUGAUUUGUAAUAAAUACGUGUUAUUACGUAUUACUCGAGAUUAUGUAACUGUAAUGAAGGCAGUGCGCAUGUAUCAGUGUAUAUAGUGCGUGGUUGUACGUUCAUCUACCUGGUGGACUGCCACAGUCUUGGUCCCUUUUUAUAUCCGUUUUUUGUAUAAUAUUCCCCUAGCGUCUAUAGUCCGUUAUGUCCAUUCCAUAGUUUUAAUUGUCUCUCGCGUGCGUUCUCUCGCACUCUCCUUCCUUCUCCCUCUCCCUGUCCCUUCCUUUUCCCCUCUAUCUUGCUCUUCCUAUCGCUCUGUUUAUGUAUGCAGUGUUGUCAUAAUAACUUGUGUCAAUGCGUGCAAUUUCUCUUUCUAGCAGACGACAUAUUCGUGAUAGCUGCUCGCUCUGCUACUUGAUAAAUAAACAACUGGUGCUGUUUCAAAAACAUGUCCACUAUCACUGCUAAUCCUCAUUAUGAUGACCUCAUAGAUAUUAGUCUACAAAGUCCAAGAGACUGUAUCAAAGACGGAAAGAGACAAAGUUGAUCAAAUAGACAGAUCAACAUGCUAAUCAUGAUGUGGCGCCACCUACCGAAAUUUACGGCAUUGGCAUUCUUAUCAAAUGAUUGGCAUUAAUUGUAUGCAUUCGAAUCCUUUGUGAACGUGUGUUCUCUGAUCUAAAUACAUAGUUAUGUACAAAGAAA